AUGACAAAGUUCUACCAACACAUCCUAGCCUUGGCGUUUGCAGUCAAUGAGAUCAAUGAGAAUCCCAAGAUCUUGUCCAAUGUCACUCUUGGGUUCCACAUCUAUGACAGCUACUAUGAUGCAAAGAUGACAUAUCAUGCUACUCUGGAACUGUUGUUCAGAUUCCACAGAUAUUUUCCAAACUAUGAAUGUGACAUGCAGAAAAAUGUAAUGGCCAUCAUCGGAGGAUUUCACUCUGAUAUUUCCUUCUAUAUGGCAAAUAUCCUACAUCUUUACAAGAUUCCACAGCUCCCAUAUGGCUCAUUUGCCCCUGAGGGAGAUGCAAGACAACUGAGCUCCUUUUUUCACAUUGUUCCUAAUGCAUCCCAUCAGUAUAUGGGGAUUAUCUGGUUGCUUCAGCAUUUUGGAUGGAAGUGGGUGGGGCUCUUUGCUGCAGAUGACGAUGGUGGAGAACAUUUUCUGCAAGUCCUGGAGCCACUGCUCUCUCAGAAUGGAAUCUGUUCGGCCUUCACAGAAAGGGUCUUAGACCGAGAACAUGUGGAUUCCUUUCUUGAUCUCAUUGGUUUAAUCUCAAAUAUAUAUGCGCCUCUCACAGAUAGCAAAGUCAAUGCAUUUGUCCUCUAUGGAGAAUCUUUGACUAUUCCAGCACUCAAUGCUCUUAUGAUACUUGGCAAUCCUAGAUAUAAGGAAAAUAUCUCAUUUAGAAAAGUGUGGGUAAUGACUGCCCAGAUUAAUUUUGCAGUAACAGGCGUUCAGAGGGAAUUGGAUUUUGAAUAUUUCCACGGUGCUAUUGCCUUCAAAAUUCACUCAAAUAAGCUUCUAGCAUUCCACAAAUUUCUUCAGGACAUACAACCUUCUGGGAAACAUAAAGGUGGUUUCUUCAAGGACUUCUGGGAGCAAGCAUUUGACUGUACAUUUCCAAAUGCCUUGGAGCCAACAAAUGUUAAUGAUACAUGUACAGGGGAGGAGAGACUGGAGAACCUCCCAGGGCCUGUUUUUGAAAUGCGCAUUAGUGGCAACAGUUACACCAUCUAUAAUGCUGUCUAUGCAGUGGCACAUGCUUUGCACUCUAUGUAUACUUCCAGAUCAAACCACAAAUCAAAGGUGGACAGGAAAGGAGCUGUAUUUCAAGAUCUUCAGCCUUGGAAGGUCCACCCAUUCCUUCAAGGAGUUGUAUUUAAUAACUCAGCAGGUGAAACAAUAUCCUUUACUAAUGACAGAGGAAUGGGAGCUACACUGGACAUAAUGAAUUUGGUCACGUUCCCAAACAAAUCCUUUGAUUUGGUUAAGAUUGGAAGGGUGGAUCCCAAUGGUGCUGAAGGGAAAGAAUUAAUGAUUCACGAGGAUAUGAUUGUCUGGCCAAGAAGUUUUAACAAGGUUACGCCUGCCAUUCCUAGACACCAAGCCUGUUCAUUCUACCUCAACCAAAAUAUGGAGGACUGUAUCGAGUGCCCAGAAGAUCAGUAUCCAAGCAUGGAGCAUGAUCGAUGUGUGCCCAAGAGUCUAAGCUUUCUCUCUUACCAAGAACCUUUAGGCAUCAGUUUGACUGCCAUUGCUUUUACUUUUUCACUGAUCACAUGUUUGGUUCUAGCAAUUUUCAUUAUGCACAAAGAUAGCCCCAUAGUUAAGGCCAACAACCGUGAUACCACCUACACUCUCCUCGUUUCCCUCUUGCUCUGCUUCCUGUGUUCCUUGCUCUUUAUUGGACAGCCCAGGAAGAUGACCUGCUUCCUCCGGCAGUCCACUUUCAGCAUCGUCUUCUCACUGGCUGUUUCUUGUGUCCUGGCCAAAACUGUCACUGUGGUUGUAGCAUUCUUGGCUACCAAACCAGGAUCCAACAUGAGGAAGUGGGUGGGGAAAAGACUGACCAACUCCAUAGUCCUUUCCUGUUCCCUUCUAGAAGCAGCCAUUUGUGUCGUGUGGCUAGCAACCUCUCCCCCAUUCCCCAAUUUUGACACACAGUCCCUGACUAGGGAGAUCAUAGCCCAGUGCAAUGAAGGAUCCAUCAUGCUAUUUUAUAUUUCCUUGGGCUACAUGGGAUUUCUGUCCAUCAUAAGUUUGACUGUGGCUUUCCUUGCCAGAAAAUUGCCAGACAGCUUUAACGAAGCCAAGUUCAUCACCUUCAGUAUGCUGGUGUUCUGCAGUGUUUGGUUGUCUUUCAUUCCAACCUACCUGAGCACUAAAGGGAAAUACAUGGUAGCGGUGGAGAUCUUCUCGAUCUUGGCAUCCAGCGCUGGGUUAUUGGCCUGUAUCUUUUCCCCAAAAUGCUACAUUAUUGUUCUGAGACCUGAUCUGAAUAACAGGAACCAGCUCAUUAGGAGGAAGAAUCAAUGA